GGAGAAAGAGAGGUGAGAGAGAGGGGAAGAGAGAGAGAGAGGGGAAGAGAGAGAGAGAGGAAGAGAGAAUCAAUCCUGUGUAUUUCCGUGUAAGCAUGCAUGAAACAUAAUGACAAAAGCAUAUUCUGCAUGCAUGCGCUAUGGGGAGAUUCUAUUUUACUUUUCUUGGCAAACGAGGAAUAAACAACACAAUAAUGGGGAAUUCCAUCCAUGCCACUGGAAAUAUGGUUUUAACUAAAAUAUAACCCGGUCGCCUCACUGGAUCCAAUGAUAAAACGUUCAUCUUUUAGGAAUUCUUGAAAAAAGCAUAUAUAACGAUGGAUGAGAAUCCACCUGCUAUAGGACUUAUCUCUUUAAGUGCCAUGGAGGAGAUUGAGCAAUCAUUAAUCGCCAAGUACAUUACUGCUAGCGGACUGACACCGGUUUCGAAGCGGAUCUCCGCGGCGGAGGUUCCGGGUUUUAGGCCGCCCAGGGAGUGGAAGGCGGUGUUCCUUUUCCAUCAGAGCAGUCAUGGGAGAUUUUCAAUCGGAAUAUCAGACGUCAUUUCGAAUCAAUAUGAUGUUUUGAUUCCGAAAUUAGCAGAAGCAUACGGCAAUAAAGCAGUGUGUUUCACUGUUUGUGACGUAAUUGAGGAGAUUACUGAUCGAAUGCGAGCCCGCCAAUUUCAAAUCUUGAAGAGAGACCAGCCCGCCCUCAUUCGACACACAUCGGGCAAUGUGGUCUUCUGCAGCGAGGUGGAUACAAUUCAUGAAAAGGACUCGAUAAGAAUUAAAAAUAUAAUCAACGAGAUUUGUGAGGCUUGGAGCAAGAGACAAGAGGAAAUAUCAAGACUUAAGAAGCAAUACGCACGUGACUCGAAUGACCAACGAUUCGAAACAUUGAAUGGGUCAAGAAAACCACCAAUACCAGCAAAACCAGCAAUAAAACGAUCCCAGUGGGUUUAAGAGAAGACAGCAUGCACUAUAGCUUGAAACAGGCCUUGGAUCCGUUGACCUUUGAAACUGAUUCUUUCACAUUUGUACUUAUUACCGCGGACUCCGGAUUAUGACCAAAUAGCGGAGCGCCAUUCCGAGGUGAUCCGAUCGGCCCUGCACAGAAUAACUGCUUAAGCGCCUUCCGGAACGGAGGAUGACGGAUGGUAUAGAUAAUCGGGUUAGCGCAGGAAUUGAUGAACAUGAGCAGGAUUAAGCUAGAACUCAAGGGACUCCAAAUGUAAGUAAUGGGUAAGACGCCCAUGUUCACCAGGAAAUAGGCUGUCAUGUUCGGGGUGAAGCAAAUGAUGUAGGCGCUGACAACGAUUAGCAUGAGUUUGAGGACGCGGUUCCUGGCGACGACAUGGAACGUUGGUCUGUCGGUCUUCUGGAUCUGUGCGUUCUUAGCGAUCUUGCGUUGAUUGUGAAGGGAACAUGCCGUGAGACUUUGAGUAAUGAGGAGGGUCGUGAUCGGGAGGACUACGGUCACCAGGUAAUUGAAGAUUCCAAUGGGGAGGACAACGCUCGGGACAGCUCUGUAGAGGCAUGUGCACUGGGGAGUUAUCACAAAGACAAAGGGGAUGAACAACGCGGAAAGUAUGCCAGCUACCCAGAUAAGCAUGAUGGCCAUCUUGCUGCGUCGAGGGGUAAAUACGAACAUGUGGUGAAGAGGAUUCGCAACAGCCAUGUAACGUUCGAUUCCCAUUGCCAUGAGAAUGUAGGACGAUGUCCGCAGUCCAUGAAAUAGGAAAUACCGAGAGUCUAUCAUCUUGCAGAAGAAGAACCCUAGCGGCGAGCGCGGUAUCCUCUUCGAUGUUGGCACUGGGAUGAUAAAGACGGAGCUGACCAAGUCGGCAAUGGCUAACGCACCCACCAUGAUAUCCAUUGAGUGCAAGGCCUCACGACGUUUGGCUAGGACGACAAUAACAAGAAGGUUCCCAGUGAUGCCGACGACACCGAUGAGUACCUGGAUACAGUCGAAUAUUCCCCAUCUUAGUACAUUCCAUUCCCAAGAAUCACAGGACUUUGUGGUGUGGUCCAUGUCACUUCCGUUGAUCAGGUUUCUCUCUAUCCUUACAGGAAACAUACUUUCUUCUCUAUCCAUCGCAAUACCCCCUCUUGCUGUUACCCAUGCGAAGGCAUCGUAGCCCUCCGUCGUCAUGGUGUAAUUGAGAAACACAUCGUUAAGAACAGCUCUUUCACUUGUCAGUGUGACGCCCUCUACGAUGGAACUUGUAUUUUGGCUGUUUUUAAAUGAGAUGUCGUCUGCCAUACUCCCAUAAAGUUUGAUCAGGAAGAAAAUCAAAGCUACUUGAUUUUUCAUGAUGAGUUCUUGCCGUCUGAAGCACCCAACGAAAUCUGUCAAA